AUUGCAUGUUUUAUGGAAUCAAAAAUAGCUAGAAAUGGAUUUACAGGUUGCCGACAAGGUACACAUGCCAACAUAGUAACAUACGAAGCAAAAAAUUUAAGGAGAGAUGAGAGAGAGAGGAAGAGAGAGAGAGCGAGCAAGCGGAUAUCGUUCACGGGCUGGACGGUCAUCACAGGGUAAUGAGAAAGAGAGACAUCGAGGAAGAAGUCAGCAACGGAAGAUCUCAUCAGGUGGUAAGAGGCGAACGACGAUUGACUAUGUGCAGGAUAAGAAGUCUCAGUUUGGUGGAGCCUAUAACAAAGGCCUGUAUAACCAAGCUACACCAUUCUUCUUCACAAACUUCCCCGAAGAAUGGAGCUAUGCAGAAAUGUGGAGGACUUUCUCACAAUUUGGAAGGGUUUAUGCUGUAUAUAGUCCGAGAAGGAGGAACAGGAACGGUAAUAGAUUUGGCUUUGUGCGUUUUCUGGAUGUCAAAGACAAAAAGGAGCUGGAAAGGAAACUCGAUCAGAUCUGGGUUGGGGACCGUAAACUGUGGGUGAACAUUCCACGUUUUGAUGCUUUGCAAAAAAAGGAGAUGGAGCGGAGAAAUCCCCAAGGAGAGGACUUGAGAAUUCCCUUAAAUACUUGCCCAAACAUACAAGGAAGAAGCUUCGCUGAUGUGGUAAAAGGGUCACGAGGCAUAGAUAGUAGAAUGGUUUGGCAAGAGAAAGGACCAGGGGAGAACUGGCAAGGCAUGGAGUAUAAGGUAAACGUUGAAGAUAGUACAUGGCUUGAGGGAACUUAUGUGGGGUCGGUCCACUCUGUUGAGAUGGUCAAGAAUCUACAGGAGAAAUUCUUCAUGGAGGGAUACUUCCAUUAUCGAAUCCGAGCUAUGGGGGGUAAUCUGGUGCUGCUGGAUUGUGAAGACAAAGAGGAGUUGAAGGACCUGGUGGAUAUGGCAUCGGAAUGGCUAGGACAAUGGUUCGAAGAGGAUGUAGAUGGAGAAUGGCAAUCUGUGGAUGAGCCCGGAGGUGCAGAGGGGGGAGAAGAAGAUGUGGUGAGAUGUACAGGGGAAACAAAUGGUAAAUUCCAGCUCCAAGACCCACAAGACGGUGACAGGACAGUUGAUGCAGUGCCUAACAAGGCGCGCAGCCGGAACCCAAAAGAGAAGGAAGACGAGGCUAAGAUCAUGCAGACCUGUAUAUCUGUAGGAAGCAUCGGUGUAGAGGAAGCAGUGCAAGAACAAGGGGCAGGGUCGUCGGAGCAAGCAGCCAACGGGGGGCAGAUUCUGCCAGAUUUUAUAGCCAGCCCAAACGGAGAAAUAGCAGGUGAAUCUAUAGGGCACAGUGGGAUUCAAAAUUGUAACAGAUCCAUAAAGAGGAAGAUGCAACGGAAGCUUGCGAAGGAGAUUUGGGAGCUAGCCAAGCACCUAGGAGCGACGGCUGAGUGUGAUGAAGAGGUGAUCUGCAAAUUGACGAAAUGGAGAAAAGAGAUAGCCAAGCCAAAGCUGACAUGGAGAAAAAGGAAGCAGGAGGAAGAGGUGAUAGAAGGGGAUCAUUUCAUUGGGGUGUUUGGGACAUGGGGGGAAGAGAGAGUUCCGGUUCAUACAUUAAACAUUUAUUCUCCAUGUGAUUUGCCUGGAAAGAGAGCCCUGUGGGUGGAGCUGCAGAAUCUGAUCUCAAAUAGGAAUGGCAACUGGUGUCUAGGGGGGGACUUCAACGCUGUCCGAAGCUCAGGGGAGCGGGCAGGGUGCAAUGGGAUGUCCAGAGAAAUGAAAGAUUUUGACAGUUUUAUCAUCGAAUCUGGGCUGGUUGAUUUGCCUAUGGUAGGGAGGAAGUACACCUGGUACAAUGCUAAUGGCCAACAUAUGAGCAGGAUUGAUAGAUUCCUGGUUUCAGAGGAGUGGCUUUUGAGAUGGUGCGAUGUGAAACAGUGGGGGUUGAAAAGAACAGUUUCAUAUCACUGUCCUAUUUUAUUGAAGAACGAGUGGGUGGACUGGGGCCCAAAGCCUUUCAAGUUUUUUGAUGCUUGGCUGCAGGAUCCUGGGUGCAAGGAGCUGAUUAGAAAAACAUGGAACUCUUCGGCAGUGGAGGGAUGGUAUGGAUUCAAACUCAAGGAGAAGCUAAAAAGUACAAAGAAAGCUUUAAAAGAAUGGAGCCGAAACGCAGCGUCAGAGGUGGAUAGGAAAAUAAUUGAAGCUGAGAGUGAGAUAGCUCAUCUGGAUGAAAGAGGAGAGAAUGUCCAACUGCUACCAACCGAAAUUGAAAAGAGGAGAAGUAGUUUUCUUGAACUGUGGAAGAACCUCAAAUUAAAAGAGAACAUGUGGCAGCAAAAAUCAAGAUUGAUGUGGUUAAAAGAAGGUGAUGCAAACACCAAGUUUUUUCAUAGGUGUGUGAAGGGAAGAUGGAGAAAAAACGAAAUCAACAGCAUCCAGAUUAAUGGUGAACAGCAUAAGGGCGUGGGUGAAAUUAAAGAAAAAAUGGCGAGUUAUUUCGAGCAGCUUUUCACAGAAGAUAGGUGGCAGAGACCCAAGCUAGAGGUGCUGGACAAAGUUAUCGGGGAGCAACAAAUGGCAUUUAUUGAAGGUAGACAGUUGGUUGAUGGUGUGGUUAUUGCUAAUGAAGUGAUUGAUGAGGCGAAGAGGAAAAAGAAGAGAAGCUUCCUUCUCAAGGUCGAUUUUGAAAAGGCAUACGAUAACGUGUGCUGGGACUUCUUAGACUAUAUGCUGAUGAGGAUGGGCUUCUACAAGACUUGGAGAAUGUGGAUACAUGAGUGUCUACAAUCUAGCAUGGUCUCAGUUUUGGUCAAUGGAAGCCCUUCUAGACAAUUCCCAGUAAGCAAGGGACUCCACCAAGGAGACCCGUUAUCCCCCUUCCUAUUCCUGAUAGUAGCAGAAGAUCUGAAUGGUUUAAUGUCUUCUAUAGUUGAAAAAGAGUUAUAUAAGGGUGUGACAGUUGGGUGCUUUAACUUGUCAUUGAUGGGUAAAUGGUGGGGGAGGCUAGCAGUUAAAGAGGAUGGAUUAUGGAGGAAAGUGAUUGAAAGCAAAUAUAGUGAGGGUGGGGGGCAGUGGAUGGACUGGGUUAGGAACGGUGCAGGGGCUUGUUCUUCUUGGUGGAGAGAUGUCAGAAGGAUUAAUACUGCAGAGGGGGAAAUUUCUGGAUGGUUAACAGAGAGCUUUAGACUGAAGGUAGGAGAAGGGAAGGAUGUAAGCUUUUGGUGGGAUGAGUGGUGUGGGGAGUUUUGUCUAGCUAACAAAUUCCCGAGAUUGUACCUCUUAUCUGCAGGAAAGGAGAAAGAAUGCUGCCAAAUGGGAACUAUGUGUAAUGGAUCGUGGAAAUGGAUUCUCACUUGGAGAAGGAAGUUGCUAGAAAGGGAAGAAGAGGCUGCAAAAGAACUCAGUACGUUAAUUGAGAGUGUGAAGAUAUCUCCUGGCCGACUUGAUGAAUGGGAGUGGAUGCACAGCAAGGAAUCCCGUUACUCAUCCAAAACAGCGUAUUCACUCUUGACAAAGGUGCCGAGGAGUCUAACUCAAGAAAAAGUAUUCAGGAGGGUAUGGAACCCCAACCUACCAAGCAAGAUCUCUGCUUUCAACUGGCAACUGCUGCUCAAUAGACUUCCAACCAAAUCAAACUUGCUGAAAAGAGGAUUGGGCGUAAUCAUGGGUGAUGGCAAUUGCAACCUGUGCCAAGAAGAGGAAGAAGAUGAAACCCAUUUGUUCCUGAAAUGCAAAAAUGUAAGAUGGAUAUGGAAGGAGUGUGCGAGGUUGUGGGGAAUCAACAUAGAGAUACAAGAGGACUGCUGGAAGACUUUCGAACAUCCUGGGGCGUGGACUAAAAACACGAGGGUCAGAAAAGGGUGGGAUUGUACAUGGAGUGCAAUAGUAUGGUCCAUAUGGUUGAUGCGCAAUCGAAGGAUUUUCCAAAACCAAGAGAUGGACUCGGGUAAGCUACUCGAUCUGGUUCAAAUUCGAUCGUUCUUAUGGUUUAAAGCAAAAAAUGCCUGGUGUUACUUUACUCAUUCGGAUUGGUUAAGCAAUCCUAUUGCAUGCCUCACUGUGAAUUGUGGUGGUAAAAGCUAGGGAGGAAUAAUCUGAAAGAUGGAAUUAACAUUUAGAGGCUGGGUUUUUGUGUUGUUCGUGAUAAUGCAAAGGAGGACUGAUUUUCGUUACGGGUAUAGUGUCGACACUUAAAGUGGGUGUCGACACCUUGCUAUUUCACUCGUAAUUGUGGGCUUCUCAAACAGUAUUGUUAUGGGUUUGGGGUACCCUUGUACUCCAUUUUUUAAUAAAUAUAUUUUUUGCUG